GGGCGGAGCGGAGCAGCGCUGUUUCCCCGGCCCGCUUACCCGAUGUCGCCGCCCCACUCCGGCCCCGGCAGCACGGCCCUGGUCCAGGCCCUGCGAAGGGGCGACCUGCAACAGUGUUCACGCUGGCUGAGGCACGACCCGAGCCUGAUCCACUCCACGGGCUGGAAUGGAUUCUCACCACUUCACCACACUGCUUUAUGCGGCCACAAGGAACUGGUCUAUCUACUGCUGGAACAUGGCGCAGAUACCAACCUCCCAAAUGAUGCAGGAGAGACACCCUUUCACUUUGCCUGCAGACGUGGGGAAGUCUACAUAAUGGACCGGAUGGUGAAGAGAGGAGCAGAUGUUCUGACCCAGGAUCUUCAAGGGAAGACUGCACUUCACCAUGCCGUGUCUGGUGGCAGCAUAGUUGCUAUCCGUUACCUGGAGGAGAUGGGCCAAUACAGUUUCCGUGACUUGGACAGGUUUUUGCAAUCUGCUCUGCACAUCGCAAUUUCCGUCGGCAAUGAGGAUGUUGUUAAAUAUUUGCUGAGAGGCGCGAGGUGCAGUGUGGAAGCCAUCGACACUUGGGGUAUGACUCCCUUGCAUGUGGCAGCUCACACAGGGUCAGUAAGCAUCUGUUGGCUGCUGAUGACAGAUGCUGGGAUCUCCACCAUGCAUUUGCAAAAUAAAGAUGGACUUACCCCAUUGGAUCUGGCCAAGCGAGGGAAAUCACACAGACACCAAGAAGUAGCAAAGCUUUUGACAGACUACGGUAAAGAAAUACAGAAUGGGAAACCCAAAAGGCCGAUUGGCCUGUACUUCAGCAGUCUGCUUUGCCCAGGCAUUCUGAGUUCAAUCAUAUUCUUUACUGCCAGUCAUAUUGGGGAAUAUGGAGGCGUUUUCAGCGUAAUCGCCUUUGCAGUUCUGGCCAGGAUAGUGUUUUUCCAGUACCACCGAAUCUCUCAUUACUCCAGGUCACCCAACCCCAUGUACCUCGGCACGUUUACUGCAGGGAUCUUCCAUUCUUUGUAUUGCUUCUACUGCAAGAUCCUGCCAGCUCUCUGGCCAGCAAAGAUGCUGCUGUGUUUCAUGACAAUGUUGGCAACUCUUCUGCUCUGGAUAUUCGUGAAACUGCUAAUGAAAGACCCUGGGAAUCUGCAAGAAUCUGACACUGCGGAAAAGUAUUUAACUGUUGCUCAGCUGAUUGAAACAAAUGAGAAGCCAUCCAGAUUCUGCAUUUAUUGUGAGAUGGUUCAACCAGAAGGAACAAAGCAUUGUAGACUCUGCAACUGCUGCAUGGAGAACUUCGAUCACCACUGUCUCUUCCUGAUGAAAUGUGUCGCAAAAAAAAAUCAGAGACUCUUCAUUCUGUUCCUGCUGGAGAUCAUCACAUCUCACUUGACCUUCAUAACAUCAAGUCUGUACUGCUUAUACCUUUGGUAUGGACUGAACUUUGAGGUGUUUCCAAAAGUCUUCAGCAAUCAGCCUUGGGUGAUGGGACUGGCACUGAUGAACGUUGCCACUGUCUUGUGGGAGUUGGUCUUGCUAAAGAGUCAGCUGGCGGCAGUCGCUGUUAACUCCACUACGACAUGCAGGGAUAGGGUGGACAGCAAGGCCUCUACAUGGAGACACCAUUUGAGAAACGUCACAGUCUUCCUCGUACUAGGCGAGAGGCCCCAGAGCAGCAGCAAAAUUCUCUCAUCCCAGUUUUAGACAGCUGAAUCCAAGUGUAUCUUAAGGGAGAGGGGUGGAGACCAAGGCUGAAUGAUACAAGUGGUGAUACUGACUAAGAGAAGGAGGUGAACCACAGCUGAUCUAUCUGGGCAUGGUAUAAAAGACAAAGAAAGGAAAAGGCAGCAAAAACUUUUUGGAACACUCGUAUGUUCUUGAGAAUGAUCCUAGGAAUGAAAAAGUUCAUGUAUGAGGAGUGUUUGAUGGCUCAAAGCUAGCACUUGCUGAAGUUUAGAAGAAUGUGGAGGGAUUUCAUUGAAACCUAUCAAAUUUUGAAAGGCCGAGAUAGAGUGUAUGUGGAGAGAAUGUUUCCUAUAAUGUGGGAGUCUAGAGCCAGAGGGCACAGCCUGAGAAUAAAAGGACCCCCCCCCCCCUUUAGAACAGAAAAGAGGAGGAAUUUAUUUCCGCCAGAGGAUAGUGAAUCCAAUGGCUGUGGAGGCCAAGUGAUAUAGUAUAUUUAAAGUGGACGUUUGAUAGGUUCUUGAUUAGAAAGGAUGUCAAAGGUUACGGGUAGAAAGCAGGAUAGUAAGGUUGAGAGGAAUAAUUAAUCAUCCAUGAUAAAAUGACAGAGCAGACUUUGAGCUAAAUUGCCUAAUUCUGCUCCUAUGUCCUGUGCCCUUAUGACAUAGGUUCAAUCUGAUUGGCUGCCUAUAUCAGCUCUCAGUACAAUCCCAUCAACCCUUCUUUAUUCUCUUUCCUGUCACACAUAUGCUACCUGUUCCGGAUCCUCCUCCAACACAACUACACGAGGGAUAAUUUGCAACGGCUAACAAACCAUCAAGCUUACACAAUAGAUCAGAGAUUCCUAACCUUUAUUAUGCUGUGGACCAAUGCCAUUAAGCAAGGGGUCCAUGGACCCCAGGUUGAGAACCCCUAUUGUAGAUGUUGAAACUGAAGUACAAAGAGAACUCGUGUGCAGGUGGCACAGUAGUAUUGUAGUUAGUGUAAUGUUUCACAACACUAGCGACCCAGAUACAAUUCCCACCACUGUUUAUACAUUCUCCCCAUGAUGGCAUGAGUUUCCUCCGGGUGCUCUGGUUGCCUCCCACAUUCCAAAGACAUGCAGGUUGGUAGGUUAAUUGGUCACGUGGGUGUAGCUGAGCAGCAUAGGCUCACUGGGCCAGAAAGCCUUUUAUUGUGCUGUCUCUAAAUAAUUAUAAAAUAACUCA